GACAAGUUGGCAGCAACAACACGGCCCUGGUCGUCGUCGCCGCUGCGGUAACGGAGCGGCUCGGGUGGCGGAGCCCGCGUUCGCGCCCGCCCGCUCUCCUCGGGAGGCCCUUCCCGCCCUCCCCUCGGCUCCGCGGCCGUCCAGGGGGCGGGAGCGGGUGAGGGGAGCCGGGCGCCCCGCGAGAGAGGCCCCCCGCCGCGGGGCGGCCCGGGAGCUCGAGGCGGCCCGGCCCGCGCGGGCAGCGGCGCGGCCCCGAGGAGGGGCGGCCUGGCCCGGACGCCUCGGGGCGGGGGCCGAGGAGCGCUCCGGGCCGCCGGCGGAGCGACGGGCCCGGCGCCCCGCGGACGAGCCGCGGCGGGAGAGCGGACUCCCCUCGCCAUCGCCCGAGCCCAGGUUAUCCUGAAUACUACAUGACUAACAAUUUUCCUUGCAACAUUAGCUGUUGUUUUUCACUGCCUCCAAAAGAUCAAAGUUGCUCCGGAAAUUGGAGACAUAUUUGAUUUAAAAGAAAUAACUUUAACAGAUGGACAAUAUGUCUAUUACGAAUACACCAACAAGUAAUGAUGCCUGUCUGAGCAUUGUACAUAGUUUGAUGUGCCAUAGACAAGGUGGAGAGAGUGAAACAUUUGCAAAAAGAGCAAUUGAAAGUUUGGUAAAGAAGCUGAAGGAGAAAAAAGAUGAAUUGGAUUCUUUAAUAACAGCUAUAACUACAAAUGGAGCUCAUCCUAGCAAAUGUGUUACCAUACAGAGAACAUUGGAUGGAAGGCUUCAGGUGGCUGGUCGGAAAGGAUUUCCUCAUGUGAUCUAUGCCCGUCUCUGGAGGUGGCCCGAUCUUCACAAAAAUGAACUAAAACAUGUUAAAUAUUGUCAGUAUGCAUUUGACUUAAAAUGUGAUAGUGUCUGUGUGAAUCCAUAUCACUAUGAACGAGUUGUAUCACCUGGAAUUGAUCUCUCAGGAUUAACACUGCAGAGUAAUGCUCCACCAAGUAUGUUGGUGAAGGAUGAAUAUGUUCAUGACUUUGAGGGACAGCCAUCGUUGUCUACUGAAGGGCAUUCAAUUCAAACCAUCCAGCAUCCACCAAGUAAUCGUGCAUCAACGGAGACAUACAGCACACCAGCUCUGUUAGCUCCAUCUGAGUCUAAUGCUACCAGCACCACCAACUUUCCCAACAUUCCUGUGGCUUCCACAAGUCAGCCAGCCAGUAUACUGGCAGGCAGCCAUAGUGAAGGAUUGUUGCAGAUAGCUUCAGGGCCUCAGCCAGGACAGCAGCAGAAUGGAUUUACUGGUCAGCCAGCUACUUACCAUCAUAACAGCACUACCACCUGGACUGGAAGUAGAACCGCACCAUACACACCUAAUUUGCCUCACCACCAAAACGGCCAUCUUCAGCACCACCCGCCUAUGCCGCCCCAUCCCGGACAUUACUGGCCAGUUCACAAUGAGCUUGCAUUCCAGCCUCCCAUUUCCAAUCAUCCUGCUCCUGAGUAUUGGUGUUCCAUUGCUUACUUUGAAAUGGAUGUUCAAGUAGGAGAGACGUUUAAGGUUCCUUCAAGCUGCCCUAUUGUUACUGUUGAUGGAUACGUGGACCCUUCUGGAGGAGAUCGCUUUUGCUUGGGUCAACUCUCCAAUGUCCACAGGACAGAAGCCAUUGAGAGAGCAAGGUUGCACAUAGGCAAAGGGGUGCAGUUGGAAUGUAAAGGUGAAGGUGAUGUUUGGGUCAGGUGCCUUAGUGACCACGCAGUCUUUGUACAGAGUUACUACUUAGACAGAGAAGCCGGGCGUGCACCUGGAGAUGCUGUUCAUAAGAUCUAUCCAAGUGCAUAUAUAAAGGUCUUUGAUUUGCGUCAGUGUCAUCGUCAGAUGCAGCAGCAGGCGGCCACUGCACAAGCUGCAGCAGCUGCUCAGGCAGCGGCCGUGGCCGGAAACAUCCCUGGCCCAGGAUCAGUAGGUGGAAUAGCUCCAGCUAUCAGUUUGUCAGCUGCUGCCGGAAUUGGUGUUGAUGACCUUCGUCGCUUAUGCAUACUCAGGAUGAGUUUUGUGAAAGGCUGGGGACCGGAUUACCCAAGACAGAGCAUCAAAGAAACACCUUGCUGGAUUGAGAUUCACUUACACCGGGCCCUCCAGCUCCUAGAUGAAGUACUUCACACCAUGCCUAUUGCCGACCCACAACCUUUAGACUGAGGUCUUUUUACUCUUGGGGCCCUUAACGUUAUCAGGAUGGUGGACUAUAAAAUACAAUCCUGUUUAUAAUCUGAAGAUAUAUUUCACUUUUGUUCUGCUUUAUCUUUUCAUAAAGGGUUGAAAAAUGUGUUUGCUGCCUUGCUCCUAGCAGACAGAAACUGGAUUAAAACAAUUUUUUUUUCCUAUUUAGAACUUUUCAGGCAUGGCUCAGAGCUUGAAGAUCAGGAAAACACAUUCUUAUUAAAUCUUCACCAGUUAUGUAUGAAGGAAUCAUUCCAGUGCUGGAAAAUUUAGCCCUUUAAAAUGUCUUAGAGCAUUUUAUAUGCAGAACCUCAAUAUGUAUGUUAUUCUACACGAUAAAUUCAAUAUUGCUGAUUUUAAAGGCAGAGAAGUUCUCAGAGUUAAUUCACCUAUGUUAUUUUGUGUGCAAGUUGUUAUUGUUGACCAUAAUUUACUCCAAAAUACUGUGCCAUGUGGGUGAGUUAAUUUUACCAAGAGCAACUUUACUGUGUUUAAAAAAUAAGAUAGUAAUGUAUUCUAACCUUUUAUCCAAAAUAUUUUUUUGCAAGUUAAACUAGUGAAGAUGAUUUCAAUUCAGAUUGUCUUGCAACUUCAAUUUUAUUUUUGCCAAGGCAAAACACUAAUCUGUGUAUAUAUUGAGAAUUCCUUAAAAUUACCAGACAAAGAAAUAUCAUUUAAAAAUUACAUUUGUUAUCCCUGUUGGAUAACUAUUUAUCAAGAAGUAAACUUUUGCCCUGUUAAACAGUUAGAUGUAUUCUUCUAUAUUUCUAGGCACAAGGUUGGUUACUAUGAAGCCUAGAAAAGGAAUUUCUUUCCUUCAUUAAUUCAUAGGGAAAGGUUUUGUAUUUUUAAAAACACUAAAAGCAGUGUCACUCCACCUAAUAGCUCACUGUUCUGCAAAGGUGGCAAUGCUUAAACUAAAUAAUGAGUGUUUUGGAAACUGCUAAAUUCUAUGUUAAAUACUAUGCAGAAUAAUGGAAACGUUACAGUUCCUAAUAGAUAGUUUGGAUAUUUUUGUACUUGAUUUGAUGUGUGCUUUUUUUUUUCGUAUGCUGUUUAAAUCAUGUAUGUUAUGACAUUGUUUAAAAUUCAGUUUUUGUAUCUUGGGGCAAGACUGCAAACUUUUUUAUACCUUUUGGUUAUUCUAAGCCCUUUGCCAUCAAUGAUCAUAUCAGUUGGCAGUGACUUUGUAUAGAGAAUUUAAGUAGAAAAGUUGCAAAUGUAUUGACUGUACCACAGACACAAUAUGUAUGCUUUUUACUUAGCUAGUAGCAUAAAUAAAACUGAAUCUCAACAUACAAAGUUGAAUUCUAGGUUUGAUUUUUAAGUUUUUUUUUUCUUUUGCACUUUUGAGUCCAACCUCAGUGGCGAGACACCUUCUACUAAAUGACAGGCAACAGCCAGUACUAUUGGGCAGCUUUGGUUUUCCCCUCAUGCUCUACCAGGACUUCCCCAUGGACAUUAUGUAUCCAGUGUAAAGUUGGUUGUUUUUUGAACUUUUAUUUUACUGUAGCAAAAUAGGACUGAUUGUCUACAAGAUAAAUAGGUUGUCUACAGGAUAGAUAGUGUGAAAUAAAAUCAAGGAUUAUCUUUUGGAUACUUUUACUUUUUGCUUGGAGGGCCUUUUUAAGCGUAAUAAAAUUCUUGAAGGUGUGUUACAAGUUUGAGGUAUGAGAAACACUUAUGCAUGAUAGUCAUCCUUAUAGCGACUUAAAUGACCAAGUCUUCUACUUCCUUGCUUAGAAGGUCUUCUUAAUAAGACCAUCUUAGAAACCACUAAGUUUGCUUAUUGCUGUGAUUUAAACAUAGAUCUUGAUCCAAGCUACAUGUCUUUUGUUUAAAAAUAACUUCUCUACCAACUCAUUUGUACUCUUGAGUACUUACAGAUACUUUUGUUAGAGACCCAGUUUUUUGUACAAGUUUUGUGAUUUAAGUUUUAUUGGCAGAUUUUAAAAAAGAUGCAUUCUCUAGAAAUUAUUGACCUUAGGUCCAAUUUACGGUGAGUGAAAACUAGAAGUGAGAGGAGAGAGUUCUAGAAUACAGAUUUUUAAAAUCCAGAUUAUUUGAUUAGAACUAUAAGCAUGCUAUAAUACAAUCCAUUGCUCCUUUUCUACUUUAAGGAAGAUUUUCAUGUUUAAUCAUCUGCGGAAGAUAUGUGGAAAAUAUUUGCUAAGAAGUCUCUCUUGGAGACCAAGCCACUUGUCUUGGUUUCUUUCUGCUAAGAGCCAUAAAAGUACUGCAAGUACAAAGAAAUACUUCUAGUUAGUAAUUGCUUUAUAUUUGUACCUAGCUUCAGUCACAUGCUUUGGAGAAAACAUCUAGUCUGUUAUGAUCAGUUAUUCCUGAGAGUUGUUAAAUAGUAUUUCCAUUUCUUAGAGGUGGUCAUCUUUGAUGAGUAAGACUAAAGAAUCACUAGGUUUAAGAUCUUAUGGCUACUUUAAGGGAUAGAAUAGUUUCCACAGUUCUUGGAAUCUGAUUAUUAUGAGGAUACGGUUCUGGGUGGGUUUUCUCUAGCUUGUUUAUAUCUCAAAGACUCUCAAAAUGUUGAAUUUGAGUGAAAGCUGAGUGAGAGAUGAACCAAGUACAUACAUUUAUAAUCCACUGAGGCCCAUUUCACUUUUGUCCAGUGCCUUUCAGUGCGUUAUCAAAGGGAAUCCUUAAUAGUGUUGCCUUUAUUUUCCAGGGAGUAGAUUCUUUUGUGGGAUAUAGUCUAUCUCAUUUUUUAUAGUAUAUUACCCCUGGUAUACAAAGAUAAUGAUAAUAAAUCACUGCCAUAUAACCUUGUUUUUCCAGAGCAUGGCUCAUUUGUAUUGACCUAACCGUUGCCUAUCCCAUUCCUCCUAUAAACAUUGUAGGUUUACAGAUUGGGUUGGGUGGUCUGGCCUAAGGAUAACCAUAUUUGAAACAUUUAAGUAAACUGAACACAUAUUAGCUUUGUAGUAUUUCAAAGUUAAAAAUCCAUUUUUGUGAGGAAGAGUGUGGUGUAAAGGGGGGUAGUAUUUGUAAUAGAAAUUUUUAAGGCAAAAUAAAAUGUCCUGUCUUCCAGAUGGUAAAUAUCUUAUUUUAAACAUUUAUUGCAGUUAUCUUUUUGACCAUGCCCAUCUGGAGAAGGGAAAUUUUACACUUUCCCAUGGUGCUCUGUAAGUAUCUGUGGAGGUUAAAGAAUAUACGGUGAAAUAUUUCUACUCCUGGUUUAGUGGUAACUGGUUAAUGGUUGGUUACUCACCAGCUAUUAUGCAAAGUCAGAUUAGUUCAGAACCUUUUUGAGAGCCUUUUGGAAGAAGCAUUUUUAUUCUGAGUAGGGCAGAAUCCUUUUUGUUGAUAGUUUCUAUAGUUUGCUCUGAAUUCAGCAUUGUCAUUUUACUGGCAUUUUCUUUAACGAUAGCAGAUUGGGAAAAUGGUAAAUUUUAGGUCACUGAGGUAAAAUGAAUAUAUGAAAGCAGUUGCCUCUAAAGUCACUUAACAACUCUUUUGUAGAUGGGGCUUGGCUAAGACUAGCAGAUAAUAGCAUGAAGGAAUGCUUUUUUUCCUAAAAGUAGAACCUAUCUUGUUGCAGAUAACUAUCUGUAAAUAAUUGCCUAAAUCCUCCUUUGCUAGAUUGUAGAAAAUAGGCUAGGAGAAUCUUUUGUGCAAGCCUUCCCAUUUUUUUCUGACAGCUAGAUAAUUUCUUUUCUCCUAAGAUACAUCAGGAAGGAUGUAAAAAGUGAGUGGCCUUAUUCAUGGCAGCAUCCUCCAGCCCAGCCUUGUCUCUAGCACUUGUCCCAGUGCUGCUAGGUUUUUUAUCUGGUAUCACUGUGGAAUGGAAUUUUCCACAUAAUCCAAACUUGCCUUAUUGAAGCAGUAAAACUUUUUUAUUUUAGCCAUUCUUUUGAUGGAGUUAUUUUAUAUGUAUAUGAGAGAACAUACUGGAUAUAACAUUUCUUUUUGUGCCUGUCUUUGUAGACUUCAGGGACUGCUAAGACAGGCAGGACUGUUUUGCCUUUGCUGAAUGGUCGCAGACUGCUAGGGUUUUAAAUGUUUAGUUUUUUUUAAGCCCCCCCCCCCCCAACUUCUCCCUUUCUGACAGCAACCACUUCCUGUGUACCCCCCCUUAGUAGUUUCUUCUUCCCUUUCUGAUUGAUUUUUCUGACUGCUUGGGCAAAGAAACCAGAUGACCAAGCUUGUUAGAAUUUUCUUUAAAACACAAGGACAAACUGGGACAGGACCCAAGAAACUUUCCUAUGAAGUACUGAGAAGGACUUCAGUGCUUUGGCAUUGGACAUCAGUUGGACUGCUUGGAGUGCUUCCUGAUUCUUGCUGAGUUUCAGGUAGCUGAGGUAGAGAGAAGUGAGGCAUAUUAUUUUCCACCUUUGAAAGAUUUUGAAAGGUUUUGUUGCUUCCACUCAAAUGCUGCUCAUACAAAAACUGGGGUUAUAAGGGUUCCUAACUUAGCAUCAGUAGCCAGAGGCAAUACUCUUGCCUAGAGGACACCAACAAAAAAACAAACCACCACCAACAGCAACAAACAAAAACAAACCUUGGAAAAUGAGAGGGUCGUUUUUGUUUUUGUUUUGUUUCGGUGUCCCAUUUGAACCCUAUCUUCUGGCCUUCCUCUUCUACAGAUAUUUUUGACUAUAGGUGCCUUUAUGAGAAUUGAGGGUCUGAUAUUUUUCCCCCAGGAGUAGCUUAAAGUAAUUGCUGAUGUUUUCAGGGAUCUUAACAUCAGACUUGAAUGAACAAAUGAACUUUUUUCCCUUUUUUUUUAAUGUAGGAAGGACUGAGGAGAAAACUCUGGUGAAGACAAUCAUUUCUCUCUAUUAAUAGGUAUCGUUUUCACAGUUUAUCUAAGAUGCUUUCUCAGUAGGUCCCAGAGCCGGUGGUGUUGUUCAUCCUGAAGCUAGUGGCUCUGGGCUGGGGCCAGACAGCCGUGGGCUCUAGUUCGUGCUCUGCUGCCAAUUGGAUGUACGACCUUGGGCAAGUCGUCUACCUUCUUGGGCCUCAGUGGCCUCGUCUGUAAAAUGAGGGAGUUGGACCGGCUGAGUUCUUCCAGCUCUGAAAUUUAAGUGACCUUGCCUGCCUUGCAGCAGCUUUUGAUUCCUUUCUCACCUUUGCUCUGCUGUUUGAGGGGGCUUUUUACUUAUUUCCAUGUUAUUCACAUGAGACUAGGCUUGGUAUUUUAUUACUAUUCUCCUAUGGACAAGAAGUUACAUAAUAUGUUCUUAAGACUUAAAUUCAACCAAAGGCCUAGCACCACCUUGGGGGCUGCAAUAAAUACUUAACAAAAAAAAAAAAAAACAAAAAAACGAGAGGGGGAAAAGCCUUCAUUUUAUUUUCCCGUCAUCUCUAUUCAAGAUUUAUUAAGGCCUUUUUUGAGUCAUGACUUUCUGCCCUUUGGGUUGGUAUGUGUGUGACACUAUCCUCUUAAGUGCUGUGUGCUAAUUUUUUUCCAACUAAAACAGAUUGAAAACUUACUGCAAAUGCCUGAUGAUAUUAGGGGUCAUUACUUUGGGUCUUUGAUUUCUUAACUCUUCUAUGCUCAAAACAGGGAAAUUCGUCUGAACUGCAUCAACUAAAAUGGUUUCUACGACUCAAGAAAACAAUACCAGUGGAUGAUUAUUCACUUUAUUCUUGGCUCUUUUUGGGUCUGUUUUGAUUAGAAGACUUUUGGCUGGAGCAUUCCUUUCAGAGUUCUCUUCCAGCCUAUCCUGGGAUGAGUAUAAUCAAUGAACUUGGUUUUCUCAAGGACCUUGAGAGCCUUCCUUGGGGAUGGGUUGAGGGUGGGGGGUUGGGGAGUCCUGGUAGAGGCCAGCUCUGUGGUAGCUGGAGACGAAGGGAUGAGACCAACUGCUGUUGCUAUGGCUGCUUGUCAUUGAUAGAAGGACUCAUGGGCUUGGAUUGGUUAAAAGGCUAAACAUAGAAUCGGCAAACUUACUCCAAGUAUUGGGUUCUGGCCAAUGCCUUCGACAUGUGAUUUAAGGGAAAAGUGUGAAUGCUUAUAGAUGAUAAAAACCUGAUGGGCUGCAGAACCAUUUGGAGGAGGUGACUGGGGGUUGGGGACAGAUUUGGUGGUCGUAUCUCCCAACUGUCUCCUCCCCUGAAGUCAGAGGAAUGCAGCUAUGCCAAAAUCCAGAGAAGAGCCACAUUUAGCUUCUGCUUUUUGGAAAACUGGUUAGCUAAAGCUCUGGUAGUUCCUCUGUGGCUUUCUGUGUACUUUUGCCUGGUUGAAGUCUGUGGCUAAAAAAUAGUUGAACCUUUCCUGAGAACUCUGUAACAAAGUAUGUUUUUGAUUAAAAGAGAAAGCCAAUUAAAUCAUUAUGUGCUCAUU